AUACACUCCCAAAAGAGGUUACUUUUAGUGUUCGCUUUAUCGGGAUUAGGAACAAAACUUGUAAAAUCGCUUUAUAAAUAGGCGUUAUCAUUAUUCAGGAUUUUUUUAACAAAAGUGCCUUUUUGCACUGUAUAUUUGCAUUUUUCUUUAUCUCUGAUCUACUUUCCCCGGUCUUCGCUCUCAGUCCGUAAAUAUGCGAAUUCAAUCAAAUUAUGAAUAUCCGAUAUUUUUCAUAAAUGUUGGGGAUUUGUCUCUUUUUUCCUUUUAAUGUCCUUUUGUGUAUCAUUGAAAAUUUGUGACUAGGUAAACGUUCAUGACUGUCUUCCAGCUAACCACGAUAAAACGGUUGGGUGUUGUAGAAAUUCUAUAACCUAUACUUAUAUAUUUACUCAGAAUCUUGAACGAAAGAGCCUAUUUGUACUGUAUAUAUUUUUAAUUUUCUUUUAUGUCUUUUUCUGCUUCCCCCUAUUUUUGUUCCUAGACCGUAAGUAUACAAAAGGGAUCAAAUUAUGAAUAUCCGAUAUCUUUUAAAAAACUUAGGGAUUUGAUUCCGAUUUUUCUUUUUAUUUCAACGUUGUGUAUUAUUAAAAACCGUUGAAUAGGUAAACGUUCAUAACUGUUUUCCAGCUAACAUCGACAGAAUGCUUGAUUUAUGGUACCACCUAUCCAUGAUAACUUCGAAAUAUAACAAUAUCGAUCUAGAUAAUAAUCUUUAAUGAUCCACUCCAAAUUUUAUUAAACUGAAACGGAAAUUUACUUUGCCCAAUUGAUCGUGAGCCCGGUAAGCAUGCAUACUCGUGCACAAUGGGCAAUCUAUGUUUGCUAAUAAAACAAAUGUAAACAUACAUGACAGGUAAACAAAGAAAUGGCAUGAAAAUUGUCUGUAAGGCUUUCUCAUGAUUAUCAACUUCUUCCACAUGAAGAAAAAUAAGUUAAAAAGAUGAGUUUCAUUUCUAUAUAAAAGUGUAUUCUUAUAUUCAUAUCUUUCUGUUUUCUUCUGCCCGUUUUCUCUGUCUAUAGUACAUAAGUAUGCAUUUUAUUCCGUCUAUACCUUUUUACAAAUUAUGCUCAUCUUUUUGCAUACCUUUUUCUUGUGUUCAUAUCUUUGUCAUGGUUCAAUGGGAGGUUAAUUAAAGGUUAUAAGUCAUAUAUAAGUCAUAAAUAUAUUUAUGAACAGAAAGGUUAUGAAACUAGGGAAUGUAGAGUUGGGAAAAUCCCGUAUUUCUAUAUUUUUUGGUAAUCUUAAAGACAUUUUUUAUCAGUAAUGUAAGGCUUUUAUCAUAAUAUUUAAAAAUGAGGUUUACUUUUCAGUUUGUUUGCUCAUGAAUAUAAUACAUGUAAUGUUUCCUCGUAAAGUGCAUUAGGAAAAAAACUUAUAAAAGCGCUGUGUAAAAGGGCGUUAUCAUUAUUCAUGAUUUUGACCCAAAGUGCCUUUUUUAUUUAUAUUUUUCUAUUUUAUUUUACCCUCGCUCUCUGUCCAUAGCAAUCGUAACGAGAACAGACAUCGCAAGUAAGACGAUCCAUCCUUCUAGAGGGCGCACUAUCCAACUACCGCACCAUGGAAUCAGCCUGUGCAUACCCGCAUUGGCGCUGCAAAAGCAGUGUGAGAUUUUUCUUAAGGUUCUAGCACAGCCGUCAAGUGUCCUUUUCGCAGAGAAUGAAGCUCUUGUCUCCCCUGGUGUAGUGUGUGAACCUUCGGGAACCACGUUUGAGAGCCCAUUAAAGUUGGUCAUCCCUCACUGUGCGGUGUUAACAGACCCCUCCAAGGCCAAAGUCAUCCUAUACUUCACUCAUGGUGAUACACAAGUCACCAAGAAAGAACUGUCAUCAACCGGAAUACCUAGAUGCGUAGUAAGAAAAGAUGACCUUGAUGUCUACAUUGACCAUUUCUCAAUUUGUGAAAUGUUCAUGGUCAUUUCCGACUACCAUAUUGGGAAACGUGUCGCUACAACGCCCUACCUUCCAAAAUCAAUGAGUCGCCACCAACCGCAAUACUGCCAUCUACGUCUGUACAUUGAUACUCCUGGUUUUGACGAUCUGAUCGAAAAGGAAGAAAACCAACUCGAUUAUCGCAAGAUGGCUUCGACACAGAAAAUGUUCGUGCUCUGGGAGAAAGGCGAACUCAAGAUCAGAUGCGAGGUCGACAGCGGUCAUGUGACCGAGAACGAAAAGACCGUAUCGCUAGAUGACAUCUACAGAUUGGAUCGAAAGGUUGUCAUUUUUGUAGUGAAAGCGACUGGAAAUGCCGACGUACAUUUCAAGUUCAACUUUCAUCCUCAUUGUGACGAGGGACAUGCCUUCAAAGCAGAAUUCUCAGAUGUUGGUGAAGCUCCUAUCUUACAAGUGCCUUCCACCACAAUUUCAAUGGAACCAGAGGGGGCCACAUCGUCGUCUACAGAGCCAUCGGAGUCUUCGGAGAGGAAAGAAGAGCUAUCAGCUACCCCCGUACGGUUAGACGACAUACUUCUCUACGAUAUCGCCGAAGAAAUCGAGACUGAUGAACACCUUGAAAGGUUAAUGCACACUUUGGAAGUCACACAGGGGUCACAGUCACGGUAUCACGAGAUCAACAGGUUGGAAGGUCGCCUUACGGCUAAAGGAACCCGUCAGAUGCUGAUGGAUUGGAGGGCCAGGACAGCAGUCGUAGAGCAACGGGACAGGCUGAAGGACGCCCUCACCAGGGCUGGGCUGUUGGACCUGAGGGACAGAUUCUUCCCAGGCUAGAAAGAAUUAGAAGAAAAGAGC